UCCCUGUACAUUCUCCUGACGUAGCACCCUUUCCAAGCACCUCACCCUAACUGAGGUGAAAAAACAACGAAUGUAGUAGCGACCCUGCACAUGGCCACGGCCCCGGUGCAGGCGGGCGUUAUGGAGCGAGACCAGCAAGCCGUGUGGAGAAAGGCGGGAGGCAGCCGGCUGUCCUGCCUCCGCCUGCCGGAGAGGAGCCCGCGCCGCCCACCUGGAGGCUGCCCCGGGAGGAGCGCGAGAGCCGCCCGCAGCGUCUCUGCUUCCUCCUCUGUGAUCCGUGGGGGUCCGGCACGCGGCCAUGGAGCGCGGCGGGACCGAGCAGCCACCAGCCGGGGCUCCACAGAUUGAAACAGAUGACCAUACAGCCCUGGUUAGUAAGCCUGGGAAUAAAGAUGGAAAUGGUAAUCUGGCAUCGGCUGGAUUUAAUAUUAUUAACUCCAUCAUAGGAUCAGGUAUUAUAGGACUGCCAUAUUCAAUGAAAGAAGCUGGUUUUCCUUUAGGAGUACUGCUUCUGUUUGGAGUUGCCUAUAUCACAGAUUUUUCCAUCAUAUUACUGAUCAAAGGAGGAAAUCUUUCCAGUACCAACACCUAUCAGGAGCUGGUCAGAAAAACAUAUGGUUUUAUAGGUUAUCUAAUUCUUUCAACUCUUCAGUUUUUAUAUCCAUUUAUUGCUAUGAUUAGUUACAACAUAAUAACUGGAGACACUUUGACUAAAGUGUUCUUGAGAAUUCCUGGAGUUGGAUCAGAAAAUGUGCUUACUGAUCGUCACUUCGUAAUUCUUUUUACCACCAUCAUCUUUACCUUACCUUUAUCUUUAUAUCGUGACAUAGCAAAAUUGGGAAAGGUAUCUCUUGUUUCUCUGCUUUUAACCAUCAUCAUCCUGGUUAUUGUGAUGGUGAGGACAGUAACACUCGGUUCACAGGUACCCAAAUCAGAAAAUGCAUGGAUAUUUGCAAAAUCAAACGCAGUACAAGCCAUUGGGGUGAUGUCUUUUGCAUUCAUCUGCCACCAUAACAGCUUUUUAAUAUAUGGCUCUCUGAAAGAACCCACAUUGAACAACUGGUCUCGAAUCACACAUGUGUCCGUUUUACUUGCUGUUGUUAUCAGUGUACUAUUUGCUGCAUGUGGAUACAUGACUUUUACGGGAUACACAGAAGGAGAUAUAUUUGAAAACUACUGUAGAGAUGACAACCUUGCUACAUUUGGAAGGUUUUGUUAUGGAGUUACUGUAAUUCUGACCUUUCCCCUUGAAUGUUUUGUGACCAGAGAGGUGAUUGCCAAUGUAUUUUUCCAUGGGAACCUCUCAACAGUUUUCCAUAUUCUUGUGACAGUAAUUAUCAUUGCUGUGGCGACUGGUGUAUCAUUAGUGUAUGAUUGCCUUGGAAUAGUUUUAGAGCUGAAUGGAGUUCUGAGUGCUACACCACUUGUUUUUAUCAUCCCAACAGCGUGUUAUCUAAGGCUGUCUGAAGAGCGAUGGAACCAUUCAGAUAACCUCAUCUCCUGCCUGAUUCUUGCUGUUGGUGUGCUAGUGAUGACAGCUGGGUUUGUUUUGACUAUCUUGCAUCCCCAGGAAUGUAGCCAUGGAAAAGAAAUGUUCUACUGCUUUGCUAGUAAUGUUUCUUUUCAUAACAGUACACUUCCCCCAUAGGUAAUGCUCCAGUCUCUGAACUAGAUCAGAGGCAUCUUCCAGCAAGCCAUAUAUUCCAGUUUAAACAUACUUGGAACAAACUUUUUAUGUUUUCAUAUGCACAUAACUGUAUUUACAUACAUGAUUUUAUACUGCCAUCCUUUUUCAGAUGAAACUUUUAACUUUGGAAACAGAAAUUCUCAGAGGUGCUAUGCAGUGGACGUUACUUAUAUAACUUACCUAUCAAAAAGGGUGUGUUUUUUAUGUUAAUAAGUUACCAGUACUGCUUAAAAACUAUAGGUAAAUGUGAACGUCUCCCAUACUUCAGUGCUUUCAUUAUUUUUAUUAAUUUUAUAAUAAUUUAAUGUAUAUUUAUUAGGACGCUGUAGCAUGGAGGUUUUUUGCCAUCCUGAGAAAGAAUAUGGAGUAUGUUUGGGUCUCUUUCCAUGUAUUCAACUUGUGUUGUUAAAAUGAAAAAACGCUUAUUAAUUCUGUCUUUUAUUUUACAGUAAGCGUCCUUUAGUGCUGAAAGCAUACCUUGUGCUGGCUCUCCAGUCAAGGGCAAUUUUGUAUUCUAAUUGAACUGUAGCUGAUAGUAUCCAGCUCUAAUUUGUACAAUUCAUCAUCUUCUGAUUAAAAGAUUUUUCAUGAAUCAAUCCACAUAGGUGAAUUUUGAAAGAUUCAGGUAAAUAUUCUCUGUAAAAAAAAAAAAAAAUUCUAAGAGAAGAAAAUGGUGUAUGUAAUGAUCACAUCUUUAUUCUUAUGUUUUUAACCAUCCUUAUUUCUGAAACUGGUCUGAAGAAUUGAUACACACCAAGCAUAUGAUUAAUUUCAGUAUGUAACCAUCUGUCUCAGAUUUGGUCAUGGUUUGUUAAAUUUUGCUGAUUUGUCUUGUUCUCCAAAAUUCAUUUAACAUUAAGGAUUUGUUAACAUUAGAGAGAAUAGAAUAUGAGUAAUUUAUUACUGCUAAAAAUCUGAAGGAUUAUCCUUAUUCUCCCUGUAAGUGCUGGGCUUUCAAAAAUGUUUUGUACCAAGUCAAGCCAUGUAUUUUGCAAAAGCAGCUUUUGCCUUAUCCACAUUGUUGCGAUUCCUUUUGCUAACUAGACUUCAACAACUAGUUGUGCAAUUCAGUUUUUACACAGCUAAAUAGUGAUGCUUUCUGUCUCUGCUUGUCUUGUAUGACAAAGCUACUUCACUGAAAUAUUUUUGCUAAAUAAAUCUUUAAGCAAGGGUCAAGCAAGAUGGUGAUAAUACUGGACUAGCAUAUUAUGGAAGCACUGCCUUUUUAAAGUAAAUGUUUUAAAUACUCUUGUUUUUUUGUUUGUGUGUUGUUUGUUUUUCUGCUGGGGAGAGAUACUAUUUAGAAGGCUGAGAGUUUCUGGGGAGGGUGGAUUUAAUUUGUAUUUUUUCCCCUGAGUUGUAAAGCUGUCUGAGAGAACUGGGAGUAAAAUUUUUUAAUUUCCCUACCAAGAGUCAACUUUGAGGGUGAUACUUCAUCAGCUGCCCACACACAGUUGUUACUCUUGACAGAGAAUAUAUAAAGACACCAGUUUAGAUGCAGCUGUGUAAGUGGUCACUGAAUAUAUUCCCCUCCUUCUGUACUAAACGGAAUUCAGCUUAAUACUUCCUCAUGACAGAUGCUGAAGACUUUUCUGAUGAAUCAGAAGACUCGUGAGCUUUUCUGUUUUUCUGUUUAUGUUUCUUUUGCCUGAAGUAUGCUAUCUUCCUUAAAGUAUUAAUUGUAAUCUUUGUUUUUGAGGAUCAGGCUGAAGGGAAUUAAUCUGUAGGAUACAUAUUGCUUGUUCAACUUAAAGAUUCUGCUGAGGCUCCCUUGAUAUUGAAUCAUGUUUACCUGUCUUUUAUGAAGGGUGAAAUCUUUCUAUGCCUUACUACUUUAGUAAUGCAGAUCUAAAGAUGAUUUGAUUCAUAGUGUUUUGUAAUUUGAAAAGCAUAAAGGCUAAGGUAGAAAUCAUCAGUUAAAUGUGUUGUUGGUAAAGCUGCUUUUGCUCUUAAAAGUUUGUUUUGCUGAAAUUAAUUGUAUCCAUUUUACCAUACAGUUAUAGACAUCUCACUAGUUUUCAGUCAUGAUCUUGCCAUGUGAAGGUAAAGUUCUCUCAGCUGUUAGUGUACUGUAAAAGGGGAAGUCAGUAAUGCUGGAUGCUGGAAGUUAGUUAACUGCAGUUUGGCAAAUAGCUUUAUAGAAGCUAUGGUUCCCUCCUUUCCAGUAUUAUUAGUAUAGCUUACUUGUAUUGAAACUGCAAAUAAUAAUCUCUUGUAUGCUUUCUGAAUACAGAAAGAAUCACCUUUUUAUUGUCAUAAAAAAGCUUG